AAAUGAAUGCAAAGGAGUCCAUGGGUGUGAACAACAAUGUGAAAAUACAAUUGGUAGCUACAGAUGUUCGUGCAAGCCGGGAUUUGUCCUUGACCUUUUCGACCGAAAGUCGUGCAUACCGGCAGAAAGCUGUACCACCGAGCAAAAAGCAAAUUGUUCUGCAAAUGCUACUUGUUCGAUUUCUGACGGCAGUGUAGUAUGUGUAUGCCCGAGAGGAUACAAUGGUCCAGUUUGUACAGAUGUUGAUGAGUGUAAAACAGGACAGCAUCGAUGUAACCAGAUUUGCAACAACACUGUUGGUAGCUAUUUGUGUCAGUGUAAACCUGGUUACUUCUUGCAAGACGAAAAUGCCGUUUGUCAGGUGUGCAAUGAAGGGACAUACGGCGAAAAUUGUGCAAACAAAUGCAUGUGCAAUGUUACAAAUACAAAUCUGUGCGAUCGAACUACUGGGUCAUGCACGUGUAAGAAAGGAUGGACAGGCAUUUUCUGCAACGAAGAUAUUGACGACUGCAUCACAACUGCUAACAUUUGCCCGGCGCUUUCAACGUGUGACAACAAGCCAGGUGAAUACUCGUGCGAUUGCAAUGCAGGGUACCUUAAAAACGCUUUCGGACAAUGCCAAGAGUGUCAACAAGGUCGCUUUGGAACCGAUUGUAGCCAGUCGUGCCUGUGCGAUAUGGCACACACGGCAGAAUGUAAAACGAACAACGGCUCGUGCAUUUGUGAACUGGGUUGGACGGGCAGGACGUGCAAUGAGGAUGUCAAAGAGUGCGACAACGUUACAACGUGUUCUGCUUAUUCAACGUGCAUUGAAGCAAUCGGGAGCUACGAAUGCAUAUGUAACAUUGGUUCCAAAAGAAGCUUACUUGGAAACAAAUGCCUAGCUUGUUCAGACAACACCUAUGGUGACAGAUGUUCACUGCCCUGCCCGUGCAAAACAGAUAACACACUGACUCCGACCCAGUCAUGUGAUCAUGUCAGUGGGUCGUGUUUGUGUACCGCAUUCUGGAAGGGCAACACGUGUGAAGAAGACAUCGACGAAUGCAACGCCGAUGUUUGCGCAGAUUCCAAUGCAUUUUGUCACAAUACCUUGCUUGGGUACAAAUGUUUCUGCAAGAAAGGUUUUGUUUUACAUGAAACAAGAGGAUUGUGUGAAAAUGUUUCAAAACUUUCAGAAGGACAAGAGGCUUUGCAACUCCAGAUAACAUUGAACAUUCCCGACAACGACAUUAAUUUGUCUGUUGAAAGCACCUUUGCAGUGUAUGCGGAAAAAGUCGUAUCCUCUCUAAGACAAUAUUGGUCGCGUUUCAUCAAGGGCUUUACUGUUGUGGUCAACACUCUCAGGACAGGAAGCUUACACGUAGACUACACACUGUAUUACGUCCCUUCUACCAACACAUCUAAAGCGGUUUCCAAUGCUUUUGUGGAAAUGGUAAAUGGCAUAGAUCUAGAAUUUGACGGCAAAACUGUAUCAGCGGUGUCAGAUGGACUAGCGAAUUCGUCAGUGGUGUGCGACGUAUACCAAGUUGCUAUAGGUGACUGUGGUUUUAGUAUGGCUUGUGUUGUUGAAAAAGGAAUCGCUAAAUGUGUUCAAAAUCCAAUGGUCUCGACAGACUCGAUCAGACUGAUCGUAGGAGUGACGGUAUCAAUAGGCCUGUUAUUACUCCUCGGAAUAAUAAUAGCGGUAUACGCCCUGAACAAACGAAAGGCCCGAACUGCAAUGAAGAUCAAGCAGAAAGAAGCUUUUAACAAUAGAGCAUUGCAACAUGGCGAUCAAAAGGUAUUGAAGUUGCCAGGUGUCGAGAGUCGUCGAAACUAUGGUGCACCAGAUGCUUCCAGAUAUAGGACAUGGCGAUCCCUGGCACUAGGUUUAAGUGGUAGCUACCCCAACGAACACGACCGAUCUGCGACUUCAUUCAAGCUGCCAAGACUCGCUCAGAACCAAAAGCGCACCAAUUCUUUCAACUAGUUUUUAGACAUUAUCUUUUCAGAUUGUCAAUGUGAACUACUGUCGUGGGAUUUAAAACUGUCUUUGAACUAUACUAUGUUAUUGAUAUACGAGUAUAGGUUGAAUUCAUAUUUUUUAAUGACAAAAUUUCACUCAAAAACCUGCAAAAAUGGAUAACGUAGAACUUGCUGUUUAACAUUUGGUUUAUACCGAAUGUACAUGUUUAUACUUUGAAAUGAGUUUUUGCACAUUAUUAGACAUUUCGGUUUUUCUGUAGACGUAGUCAACGUAGAACUUGCUGUUUUAUAUGUGUAAUCAUA